AUGUUGGGUGGUGGUGGCUCGAAUAUCUUACGCGGUGGGAAACGCUCGUUCGAGUGUAAAACACUCGUAGGUAAUUUUGUUGAAGAAUCCUAUCGUCCAGGUGCAAUGAGGAAUGUUCGUGAUGGAGGUGCUAAGUAUACUUCUACCACACGCAAUCAAAUGCAGGAAGGAGCGCGUAUUCAAGUGCAAGAGUUUGGUGCAGGACUUCACAAUAUAUAUGACACAUCUGAUUACAACUACAGUGAACUAAUUGGAGCGGACAAAACGAGAUCUUCGAAGACGUGGCAAUCGAUUUCACAGUCCGUGCACAACAACGCUGACAAACCUUCCGAGUUUGCACCUCCACGCGAGAUGAAAGGGCGAACGAUGAGAGACGAGGAACUUAAGAAGCAUCGUGACCGCUGGACUAAUGAAAGUGAAGCACUUGUGAAAAUACGCUAUAUUACUGAAAACUCUGCGUCUAUGGAUCCAAUUGUGAAGCCACAAUUUCGUAAAGAGCUAUGCAAUCCGAUUCAACCCUCUUUUAAAUAA